UCAUGUGACUCGUUUCCUGCCAAAGCAGUAAAUAUAGCAAGCGAGCUAGCACCACAGGCUAUAUUUGGCUACUGUCUGUAUUAGCAAAAUAGACAUGUUUUGUCAUUCUCUAUUUCAUUUAGCCAGUUAGUCCAGCGUCUGUUGGGUGUGUGGUGCGCUGCGUUUCGACAAGCGAUGAACCGACAGCUUGACUUUGUGUUGUAAGGGAGGCUCGUCCACCUAAUCAAAUCUGUGGUGACUUAGCUUUGCUAGCUUCACAGGUUAGUUUAACGCUAGCAAGCUGAGUUAGCAUCUUAAGGAGGUUUCGUUGCUAGUGACUAUGCAAGGGGAAACCACGGCUAUACGAAUCGCGGAAAACGAAGGCAAGCUGGAUGUAUUGCCCCAGAACAAGACCCCAAACUUGGGGAGAGCAAGUGCCAAAGGCUGGCAGUAUAGUGACCACAUGGAGAAUAUUGAUGGCUACUUGAUGAAAUACACCAACCUUGUAACAGGGUGGCAAUACAGGUUCUUUGUCUUAAACAAUGAGGCGGGCUUGCUGGAGUACUUUGUCAAUGAGCAGUCGCGGCCCCAGAAGCCCCGCGGUAUGCUCCCCCUGGCAGGGGCUGUGAUCUCCCCCAGCGACGAGGACUCCCAUACCUUCACUGUCAACGCCAUCAGCGGGGAGCAGUACAAGCUCAGGGCCACCGAUGCCAAAGAGAGACAGCACUGGGUGAGCCGACUGCAGAUCUGCACACAGCACCACACAGAGGCCAUGGGGAAGAGUAAUCCCCCACCCAAGUCCCGGAGCUACUCUAUGGCAUCUCAAGGCAGCGGCAGCUCACCCAUGUCCCUGCGCCGGCCCAGCCAAAACCCUGCCGCCUUAUUCAGCUGGUCACAGGUCAACAAGGGCUCGUCACUCUACUCCAGCAAGAGGUCCCUGCUGCCAGACCACCUGAUGGACGCCAGAGAGAUGAUGACCCAGGCCCAGGGCCAACACAGAGACCUGAUCCAGAGCAUCGAGGGCCUGCCUGCAGCCCCUGGCCUCUGCCCUCUAGACCAGGACCUGCUAAUGCUCAAGGCCACUUCCAUGGCCACCAUGAACUGCCUCAACGAGUGCCUGCACAUCCUGCACCUGCAGCAGGUGGCCAGGCAGAGAGGCUCCCUGGGAGGACCCACCAUCGAGUGGUUGGAGCCCAAGCUGCCCGACAUCCUGAAGAACGGCAGCAGCUCGCUGGGCAGCUUCACGACAGGGGAGGGCGCGCUGGAGGGGAGCCAUCUGGAGCUCAGCAGCCCCGAGUCCUGCAGCUUUUCUGGGGAACAGGAAGACAUUGAUGCGGAGGAUGAGGCGGAGGACUCGUUCACCGACAAGGAGGAGGACCUGGGUGCUGUGGAGGAGGAGCGCAGCGUCAUCCUACACCUGCUGUCCCAGCUGAAGCUGGGCAUGGACCUCACGCGGGUGGUCCUCCCCACCUUCAUCCUGGAGAAGCGCUCUCUGCUGGAGAUGUACGCUGAUUUCAUGUCCCACCCGGACCUCUUUGUGGCCAUCACCGACGGCAGCAGCCCCGAGGACCGCAUGGUCCGCUUUGUGGAGUACUACCUCACCUCCUUCCACGAGGGCCGCAAGGGGGCCAUUGCCAAGAAGCCCUACAACCCCAUCAUUGGCGAGACCUUCCACUGCUCCUGGAAGGUACCGAAGACACCAGAGGGCCCCAAGGAGCCCUCACAGGGAAGCCCUGACCCGGCCGCCGCCCAGGAGCCCUACCAAGUGCGCUUUGUGGCGGAGCAAGUGUCCCACCACCCGCCUGUGUCUGGCUUCUAUGCCGAAUGCCAGGAGAGGCAAAUCUGUGUGAACACGCAUGUGUGGACCAAGAGCAAGUUCAUGGGAAUGUCCAUUGGCGUAUCCAUGAUAGGGGAAGGUUGUCUAUAUCUGCUGGAGCACGAUGAAGAGUACACUUUCACGCUGCCGUGUGCAUAUGCCCGCUCCAUCCUCACUGUUCCCUGGGUGGAACUGGGUGGCAAAAUCAACAUCAACUGCGCUAAAUCGGGCUACUCUGCCAUCCUCACUUUCCAGACUAAACCAUUUUACGGUGGCAAAUUACACAAGAUAACGGGAGAGGUGAAGCACAACGCCACCAAUGCGGUGGUGUGUCGUGUGCAGGGCGAGUGGAACGGCGUUCUGGAGUUCAGCUACACCAGCGGAGAGACGAGGGUGGUCGACGUCACCAAGCUGCCCGUUACCAAGAAAAGCGUUCGGCCGAUUGAGAAGCAGGGACCAACUGAAUCCAGGCGCCUGUGGCAGCAUGUGACAGAGUCCUUACGGCAGAAGGACAUCGAAAAAGCCACGGAGCACAAGAGGUUUCUGGAGGAGAGGCAGAGGACGGAGGAGAGGCACCGGGCUGAGAGUGAAACCGCUUGGAGGACCAGAUACUUUGACAGAGAGGGUGAAGGCUGGGUCUAUCACAAACCACUUUGGAAAAACUCUGCAUUCAAAACCUAGUUUCUUCAGUCUGUAUCUCGGAUGUUGGUAUUGUAGAUUCUGGAAUGUGUGUGAGAGUGCGAGUGUCUGUGUGAGCACACACGCGUGGUUGUGACAUGACAGCAUGACCUGCACUGACGUACAGAAACUGCAACGUUGGGGAGAAGGACUUGGACAGCAUCUUGAAUCUCGCUCAUGAUUUUCACGAAGCCUCGAAGUACAAGCUUUUGUACUACUGAUCAGUUGUUGUUGUUUUUUAUAAUCCAAUGUUAAUGAAAACACAUUCUUGUACAGGUAAUGGUACUCUAUUUACACAGCCUUAAGAUCGUCUGAUGAAUGUUGGGGGAUCUGCUGAUGAACCUGCAUAUGGUUGUUUCUUUUUUUUUCUUUUUUCAAGCUGUGCUAUCACAUUAAGGUCAAGUGACUUUUGAGCAGUUUCUUCCUAAAAUAAGAUAUCCAACAAACCUAAAGAAUUGGAAAACUGCCUGUAAAUGUGAAAAUGUUGUAAAUUGGAUUUACUGUCCUGGAAUGUAAUGUUGCCGUAUAUGAUCAUCUGUGUUAAAGCGCCUGAAAACUUUGCUUCAUAUCAAAGUGUUUCUCCAUACCAUUAAACAUUCAUAAAUAAAUAAGCAACAAUUGAAGUAAAAGAAACAUUUUUAGGUACUUGCUUUUGAGAGUUGAAAACUUUGCUAAUCUGCUUUGUCAGGACUGUUGAACUGACUGGAAUUAAACAACCCACCAACUGUCAUCAGAUUCAAAUGUCGCCCCACCCUGAUUCACACCAACUUCAAACCUGUGAGGAGAGCACAAAGAAAAGAGAAACUGCAAUCCUAAAUGUAACUGUUUGGCAGCUUUGUUUGUGUUCAUGUAGAAACCAUCCCUCACAGUAAGAAGUUGAUUGAGAAAGUUUUCAGGGCCUUUGAACCCAAAAUCAGUUGGACAUAAUCAAAAUUGAAGCCACUUUCACUGUUUUUGAGUACAUUUACAUGCACAUAAUUAUCUAAUCUCUAGGAGUAGCUCAUCAUUUUAGGCCAAGAAAUAGUCUGGCACCUUCCCUGUGUUUCUAGUCUUUAUGCUAAGCUACGCUACCUGUCUACAAGCUGUAGCUUCAUAUUGAAGAGACAAACACGCAAACUAACUCAGCAAUAAAGUGAAUAAGCGUAAUUCCCAAAAUGUGGACCAGGGGAAUGGAAAGCAAUUUAGUAUUGCAUUAUCCUAAAGCUGGUGAUGAAGACACCUGCUGAAACGACACACUUUCAGUGCGUAACACAGGCUUUCUGUCUCCAAGUGGAGAUCACCCUGAUGACCUCAUUGUGACAUCAUCAGGGUUAUUGUUACAGACUAAGCAAAGCUCCUCCAGAGCCACAGAAGUCAUUACUGUUAUCACAGGUUUAGGUACUCCCUGUGACGAGUGAACUCACCUGUGUAAAAUUGGGGGAAUUGCCCUUUUUAAGCUACAGUAGGUAACAUUCAUAUAAAAAAGACUUUUGGUUAAAUUUGCUCAAACUGACAGUACUAAAUGAUACAGAUGUGUGACAAAAAUCCAGCUUCUCUGCCUCCUCCUGGUGCUCCUAAUGGCAUAAGGGAAACAACCAAUCAGAGCCGAGGAGUUUCUAACGCAGCGUUGGUUGUUUAACCUUCGGAAACUUCCCCAAAUAUUGUCUCAUAUUUUUUAUAAAAGUUACCUAGUGAACUUUUAACCACGUUCCGCUUACCUUGAUUAUGGCUCAGUGUGUUCACACUACAUCAAUAGUGAUUGCUUUAAUUUGGUUGAUAUCAGGUAAAUUGUGUGCAUUUAGAUAUACUUAAACAGUUUCUCUUUAAAUUCUUGUUUGUUCAAUUGUUUGAUGCUAUAUUGAUAUUGGUGUUUUGACUAAGACACUACUGGAAUGGCAUGUCAUAGACUAGCUGACAAAGAACCACAUUUUAAAUAAUGAUGGAGUCAGAUGUGAAUGCAUUCCCCAUAUGUCUUCUCUUUGUCCUGUGGUUUUGCAGAUGGAAAGAUUCUUACAUGCAUGAUGGCAAAGUGUCUCUGUCCACAGUAUACUACUCCUGUGUCUGCAUUACUUAAAUUGAUAAAUGUCUGUUGUAAAAGCUUUUAACCAAAUUUGCUUGUUUUGUAAUGCAAAUAAAUAUUUUCUUUGAAUGCAUAUUUAUCCCCCAUCUUUGCGCUUUAAUUGCUCUAAAUUUUAUAGCCACUUUUUGUAUAGAGAGGUUAACAUUUCUCGUUCCAUCUGUGUUUUUGUUGUCUUAUUUCCUUUGGAAGUAAUUCCAAUCUACUAUCCUGUGAUGUACAUGUGUUAAACCUUCCCCACCCCUGGGUCUCAAAGCAUCCAAGUAUCAAGUAAGGACACCGUUCCUAUUCUCUGCAGAAAGAAGAAUCCACCCUGCCAUUAAUAAGCUACUCCCUCUACGUCUUGGUGCCUUACGCAAACUCUGUGUGUCUUCCAGCUAAGGAUCGCAGCAAUUUCAUCAGUUAUUUACCUGACCGAAGCAAUGGCGUAUGUAUUAUUUGUGUGUGUUGUGUUUUUCUUUAAAUCAGUGCUUCAUGUUGAGAAGUGUACGACACACACUUUUAUUCUAUAGGUUUUUGACACUUUCUUGGUUUUAGAUUCUACUGGUUGUCUUGCUGACCUAUGAAAUGCACUGACAUUGAAGGAAACCUGAUGUAGAAAAAUGGACAUGUUUGGAAAAUCAAAUAAAUUGCGUAUCAGUUGUA